AUGUCCAAGGGCACUGGUCUCAUACGCCGACUAUCUCGUGGUGCCCACAACAGACUCAGGCGACGUCCUUCAACCACGCAAACCAAUCGCAUCCGCGACCAAAGCGCCGGUCCCGUUCUAGUGCGGAGAAGGAGCGACAGCACUGGUCAGUCCGAUUUAGCCGGUGAUAUGUCGGACCUGGAUCUUGGACGCACUUCAGAGGAUGGCAACGAGGACAACAUUACUUCCUACCCACCUCCAGAGUCAUCAAUAUCUCUCGGUCUUCAAGCUAGUCGUAAGGUUUCAGCAGCAAUGGCCGAAGGUGGUGUUGCUCCAACCAUCUCAUCAGUUCUGGAGCAAGGCACCUGGCUCACCAAGGUCACCAAGAAGAAGCGCAAAGUCCUCAAAUUUCGCUUGGACCCUCUGGCUGCCAAAGUGUGCUGGAACCCCUCAAAUCCUUCCAAACAGUUUUACAUCGAUGAUGUCCGCGACAUCAGAGUUGGUGCUGAGGCAAAGUCAUCGCGCCAGGAUAUCCAGAUUCCUCCAGACCAAGAGCGAUGCUGGAUCACCAUCGUCUAUGACGCCUAUGAACGAUCGAAGGGAAGUUCUAUCAAAACCAUGCAUCUUAUCGCUCCAAACGACUUCAUUGUCAAGCUAUGGACUGAUGCGCUGAACGUCGUGUCCCGCGAGCGUAUCGAGAUCAUGAACGCGCUAUCAGCGAACCCCGAAAAGAGCGAGCGCAGCAUGAGGAUGGCGUGGAAACAGGCCACGUCACGCAAGAAUCCUGACGCCGAGCCAAAAAUCGAUUUCGACGAUGCAAAGUGGAUCUGUCGCAAACUCGAAAUUAAUUGUUCCAUCAAUACCGUCCGUACGCACUUCAAUCACGCGGACCAUGAUAUGGUCGGGGAGCUCAACUACUCGCAAUAUCAGUACUUUGUUAAUCUGUUCAAAGUCCGCAAGGAUGUUCAGUCACUCUACUACGGCAUCAAGCGCUCUGAAGAGCCAGAGUUGAGCCAAGAGGCUUUCCUUGAUUUCUUGCGCAAGGAACAACGCAUCGAUGUCGACAAGGAUCGUGCGUCAUGGGAAAACAAGUUUGAGCUUUAUUGUCGAAGCGCCUCUGGGAAAACCACUGAUCGACAGGUACCCCCCACCAUGAAUCUGCAGGCUUUCCAGACCUUUCUUUCCUCUGGGUCGAACGGGGCCACUGCAUCAAUCAAAUCCGACCCUACGCUUGAUCGUCCACUAAAUGAAUACUUCAUCUCAAGUUCCCACAAUACAUAUCUCAUGGGUCGCCAAGUUGCAGGUCUGUCCAGCGUUGAGGGCUACAUCUCAGCCCUUGUCAAGGGUUGCAGGUGUAUCGAAAUCGAUUGUUGGGACGGCAAGAACGGCUUGCCCAUUGUCAAUCACGGUCGUACUUUGACCACCGAAGUCAUGUUCGAGGAUUGCAUUGCUGUCAUCUCGCGCUAUGCGUUCGCAUCUUCGGUCUAUCCAUUGAUCAUCUCACUGGAGGUUCACUGUAAUCCAGAUCAACAGCUGCACAUGGUCAACAUCAUGAAGCUUUAUUUCGGAGACGCUUUACUUACCACACCUCUGUUGGACAACGCAUCUGUGCUUCCAUCUCCAGAAGAGCUCAAGAACAAAAUUCUGAUCAAGGUCAAAGCUGCGUCACAGCAAUACGGAGCACUUGAUAUUGCAGAUAAUGCUAACGCUAGACGGCAACGAAGUUUCAGCUCGCCGUUCAGCCGAGCUGCAGACAACAGUGUUCCUCCAUCACCGCUGCAGAACGCUGUGAAUGGUGAUGGACAUACUACAAGACCAUCAAACACCUGGCCUGUGCUGCGUGGUUCUUCAUCUGCUCAAAGCACAGUGCCUUCAACAUCGAGCUCUUCGGAGGACAGCGAUAGCACGCCUGCCUCUGUUGAUUCAAAAAAGAAGAACAGCAACAACAAGAAGACUAGCAACAUUGUGCCCGCUCUUGGCGCGCUUGGUGUCUACGCUUGCGGCAUCAAAUACUCGGACUUCUCUGCCCAGGAAGCACGAACAUACAACCACAUCUAUUCCUUUGCUGAGAACACCUUUGAACGCAUCUCCAGAGAUUCUGAACUCAAGAGCCAGCUUGAGAAACACAACUCUCGGUACCUCAUGAGAGUGUAUCCUGCUGCCAUUCGUAUCGACUCUUCAAACUUCAACCCGCUUCAGUCUUGGAAGCGUGGAGUUCAAAUGGCGGCUUUGAACUGGCAGACUUACGACAUUCACAUGCAAAUGAAUGAGGCCAUGUUCGCCGCCGGCACAGAUCGGACUGGAUAUGUCCUCAAGCCAGAGGAAAUGCGCUACACCAAACAAUCUCAAACCAGCAGCUCCUUGCUGGAAAGUCUGAAACUCCACAAAAGAGGAAAGCAUUUGGUGCAAUUCAGCAUCGAUAUCAUCUCAGCCCAACGUCUUCCUCGACCUCGCAAUCACAACCCUGAGCAAGGCAUGAACCCGUAUGUCGAAUAUGAGGUAUACACCGCCGAAGACAACAAGUCUCGCGGCUAUGCCAAGCACGAUGGAGGCAUUGACAUCCAGCCUUCUGGUUUGGGACCCUCUGUGAAGAGAAGAACCAGACUGAUCGAAGGCAAUGGUUUCGAUCCAAACUUUGGUGAUUGCUUCAGAGUUUCUCUUGAAACCAAAUACCCCAGUCUCGUCUUCGUCCGCUGCACAGUCUGGAACUCGCCCGACGGACGCAACGCCUCGUCCAACAGCACGCUCCUUGCCACUUUUACUGCAAAACUCACCAGCCUGCAACAAGGCUAUCGCCACCUUCCCCUCUUCAACUCCUACGGCGAACGCUACCGUGAUGCCAAGCUGUUCGUCCGCAUCAGAAAAGAUACACCAGUUGCUUUGUCGUUAGCUGAAGCAGAAGCGAACGACGAAUCUAGCCCUACUGUCUCGGGACCGCGGGCGGAAUCCAUCAGACAAGGGUCAAGGUCAUGGUCUAGGAAGAUCUUCAACCGAGCCUCGAGCGAGAGAAGACGGAGACCACAAUGGCCUGAAUGGCAGGGACCUCUCAGCCGAACCUCCAGCACUGAACGAUACUCAUGA